AUGUCCGUUGAAGUUGGUCAACAAGCACCUGAAUUUACUUUAUACAAUACUGAACAAAAAGAGAUUUCAUUAAAAGAUUUAACAACAAAAUCAAAUGUUGUUCUUUUAUUUUUUCCAUUAGCAUUUACAAGUACUUGCACAAAAGAAUUAUGUUCAGCAAGAGAUGAUAUUAAAAAAUAUGAAAAAUUAAAUGCAACAAUUGUUGGAAUAUCCGUUGAUUCACUUUUUACUUUAGGCAAAUUUCGUGAAGAACAAAAACUUCCAUUUGAUUUAUUAUCUGAUUUCAAUAAAGAUGUUUCAAGAAAAUAUGAUUCACUUUAUGAAGAAUUUCCAAAAUUUGGUCUUAAAGGUGUUACGAAACGAAGUGCUUUUGUUAUUAACCAACAAGGAGUUGUUAAAUAUGCCGAAGUUCUAGCUGAUGCAAGCAAAGUUCCUGAUUUUGGUAAAAUUACAGAAGCUUUGGAAAAUUGCGACAAAUGA